GCGUUAUAAGCUCAUUUUCUCUCUCUCUCUCUUACUCGUCCGCUCCUCGGCUGUUGCCAGUACUCGCGCUGCUCGUUUUUUCAUUCCUGCACGGAUGAUGGCUCGGGCAUCGUCAGCGUCUUUCAAUAAUAAGCCCGAGCUCCUCCAGCACCGCUCAGGUAAGACACCGUCCUCUUCUUAUUUUUAUAACAGUCUCUCGCAUGUAUAGGACGGCAGCAUCAGGGCAUAUGUAUAGUGGUAGUCACGAGAAUGUCAAGUUGAAGGAAAACGGGAUGGGAUAAGAGCGCGCGGGGAGGGAGGAGAUGCUGCUGCUGCUGCUGCUGCUGCUGUCGCGUUGUGUAAUGUAUGCGAGAGAGAGAGAAAGAGAUUCGCCGGGGGAAUCCUUACGGUUCAUUUCGGUCUACAGGUUCGCGGAGGCUAUACUUACUCCCGGCGCGCACACGCGGAAAAACGGGCGUCUCGUGUAAUACAGCUCUAUAUAUAUAUAUAUAUAUAUAUAUCGAUAGCGAUCCGCGCGAGCGAUCCUUCGGCUUCCGAGCGCUGCAAUAUACCCCUCGAAAUUGUUUUUCUCGGAAAUUCCUCCGGAGAAAUUUUUCGCGAACGCAGUGUACGGUUGCAGGAACCUUAAAAGUGUCGAAUUUUUACGGCGCGUUGCUGCACAAAGAGACCGUUUGCGAAAUCGAAGAUUGCGCAAAAGGGUGGAAGCGAGUGUGUAUACGCGGGCUUGGUUAAUUAGCGCCGCUCUGUGUGUGUGUGUGUGUGUGUGUGUGUGUGUGUGUGUAUAUAGAUCGCAAUCGAGAGUAGCCUGGGAAAUUUACGAGAGGAAAGCAAGAGGGGGGGCUGAGAGUUUCGUGAAAAUUAAUCGGAAAGGAAUCUCCCUCGUACGCUUUUUUCUACUGUUUAAUUGGACUAUGGAUUGAAACACUUAUAGGUACACUUAUAACGAUGACAAACCUAGUGCUCUACCAAUACGCUCGAUUUAACCGAAAACAGUGUAUGUAUUUAUAUACUUAUACCUGCACACGCACGAAGAAAGUUCCUAAUGCGACGAUCGCUCGGAAUUCGCGCGGGCCGUAAAAUUAGCAUUCAAAGAGCCUCUAAUAUGCGUCUCGCGUUUUCUAUCUUCUUUUUCCCUCCUCUACACAUUGUGCGCGAGUAAUAAACUCGCAUACAGUGCAGCAAACUAACGAGACUCUUUCUCGUCUAUCUCUACUGCCGCAAUCAUCGCCGUUUCCCAAGACGCUUUCUUCCAUAUCUAGCGCUGCACACACGAGAGCCUGAUGCGUGUCUCGAAUGUGAAAUUCGCACGAUGUCUAUAUAUGUAUAUAUAUAUAUAUAUAUAUACAGGUAUAUACGCGGCAUAGGUCACGGGAUGCAGGUGCGAUCGAUGCGCGCGACGUUGAUGCUUUUUUUUCCCAAUGAUAAAGCUAUACAUAUUGUGAAUACCCGCAUUUACUCGGCGCGUUAAUGCGUCAACUUUUCUUUUCCGUUAUAAUGCAGUCUCUCUCUCUCUCUCUCUCAGCGCGCGUAUACGACGUCCGCUCGUAAACGAGAUUUUGCGCUUCGGCUUUCGAACUGAUAUUCGCGAACCGUUUAAUUUGUUGCAACUUGUUGAACGAACGUUCCCUUUUUUCUAUAUAUUUAAACGCGAGAAAAUUCCACAUCAAUAAGAAACGACGAAAAAAUCAUUCCGAGAAAAUAAGGCCUUCCAGAUUAAAAGCGCCAGUAGCUAAACGGCCGAUGCAUUAUUCUCUCGCGGGUUAUGUAUCCUUAAAGCGCUGCUGGCAUACAGGUCAGUAGGCCGUCGCAAUCAUCGGACGACGGAUAUCUCCGAAGCAUGUGCACGACGACAGCUGGCUGAACCUUCAGUGAGUGAGAGCAGUGACAUCCAGUAGAAGAGAGAGAGAGAGAGACAGCAAUGGGUUCGGAAGCUUGGGAAUUGGAGCGAAGGUACUCGGUGCCGGGGAAUCUCGACACGAGGGGACUCGAGCCUGCCGGUGCACCUGCCAGCGAGGACCUGCACGCCUGGUCGAUCUACAGGCAGAAUCUCAACUCGGACUUCACGGACUCGGCGCUGGGUUCAGCGGAAAAGUCUCCCCUGCCCUACGGCAAUUUUCAAUUGCGCGACUCGACCGUCCAGAGCAUACUGCGUCAUCCGCGUUACGGACCACGUAGUCCGCUCGCCAGUAAUUCCUAUACUUACCUAAAGUUUGGUCUGCCUCGGGUACUACCGCCUUCGACGUCGAGAGGCGGCGGUGGUCGAGAUGCCGGCAGCAGUGGAUACGAUUCCAGCGAAGAAGGCCGAAUGCGAGCAGCGGCCAGUGGCAGACAAUCGGCCUUUGCAUGCGUUCCCGCAAUGAGAUCCGCCAGGAGCGAUCCUGACUUUCGCAAUGCCAUGUCAGCGCAGGGCCGAGAGACGCAUUCGCACAUCGGGCUGCAACACCAGCCGCCUCACCACCAACACAUGCAUCAUCAUCCAGGAAUGAAGCCGGUGACGCGAGAAUCCAGGAUGCGCAGUGCCAGUGAGGCAAAUCUACUGCAGUCGGGAACGUCGGCGGUCUCGGCGACGACGAUGACGUCGCGCGCGAUGACGAACCGCAGACACAGUAUCGCGCCCAUCGAUCCAGGCCUUGUCUACGACCGACAUCCCGCCCACAUGAUCCAUCCGCAGAUACUCCAACAGCAGCAGCUGCAGCAACAAUUCCAGCAGCAGCAGAUGCAGAUGCAACAGACGCCGCAGCACCCGCACCUGCAGUUGCGCGGAGUCGAAGCCGCUGGACGAGCGGUGAAGAACGGACCGGCUUAUCUCAGGGGGAUCAGCCUGGAGGCCGGGGCAGGAGAUGUCCUGGCUGUCAUGUCGACGAGCGAGCGCGAGGGUACUCUGAUAAUGGAGACGAUAUCCGGCAGGAGGAGGAUCAGACGAGGAGACAUUCUCCUCAACGGCAGGCCAGUCUCCGCCAGAACCCUCAGAUCAACUGUGGCGUAUCUGUCAGCUGACACACCGGAAGCCGGCUUGAGCCCCGAGCUCACAGCGCUCCAAUGCCUGAGCUUCUACCGUCUAUUACGCGGUGCAGCCGGAGUAUCGUCCCUUGAGGCUGAGGCGAUUCUGCAGGAACUCGGUCUCGACGCCACCAAACACUGUCUCGUGUCCAGCCUCACGUGCUCCGAAUCUCGCAGACUCGCACUAGCCUGUCGACUGAUCGAGGGUACGCAGAUUCUCAGUUUGGACAGGCCAACGCGAGGCUUGGAUAUUUUCGACGCCUUCUUCCUCGUCGAGUACCUCAGGCAGUGGGCUCUUAGAGCGCAAAGGCUGGUACUGCUGACGCUGCAUCCGCCUACAUAUGAAAUUCUCACUAUGCUGUCGAGAGUCACGUUGACGUCGGGUGGACGAGUCAUGUACUCCGGACCCAGGAGGGAUAUGCUGCCUUACUUUGCUUUGGCCGAAUUCCCUUGCCCGCCGUUCAAGAAUCCCUCCGACUACUAUCUCGAUCUGGUGACGCUGGACGAUCUCUCAGCCGAAGCAAUGCUCGAGUCCUCUCAGCGCAUCGACCACUUGGCCGAGUUGGCCCGAGCUCGACUGCCACCGCUGAGCGAUCCUGGCCCACCAGGUCCGCUACCUUCGUCAAACGAGGGCGCCAAUCUCUUCACCCAGACAUAUGCGCUGUUCUUGCGCAAGCUUGUCUACAGCCAGCCUUGGAGUCUGGCCACCCUCUUACGUAAGAUUUUCAUCGCGGCAUCGCUGAGCAUUCUCUUGGGUGCUGUUUUUCACGAUGUCUCUGGCGAUUCGAAUCUGUACUUGAAAGAUAGAAUUGGUUUCCACUACGCUAGUUUGGGUGUGCUCUUUUGGCCGAUCAGUCUGCUGGGCAUGAUGGAGAUCAUCAGGUGCAGACCUGGUAUCGAGAGGGAUGUCGGCGACGGACUGUACAACCGUUUUGUUUAUAUUAUAGUUGAGCUGGUUUGUACUCUGCCAUCCUGGAGUUUGGUGUACUUGUCCUAUCUCGCUCCCGCCUUCGCGAUGACGGGUCUUCACUUGGGAGCCUCUCCCACGACUGAAACUCUCAUGCCGACUGACGAGAAUUUGGAAAGUCUCUGGCGGUAUUUGAACGUCGGGCUCGCCUACCUCCUGUUUCAGCAUUUUGUUUGCGUUCUCUUCGCGCGACUUUGCUCGAACUCUUGGUUUUUCUUGGCGCUUCUUCUCUCCGGCGUCGUCAUCGGUGAGACGACAAUAGGCGCCGGUUUUACCCUACAUUUGGACAACCUGUAUCCAUGGUACCCGUGGACGAGUCCACUGCGAUGGGCGUUCAGCUUGUUAUUGCCGCCGUUGCAUAGCCCCGAGGUAUUGGGUCGAUUGAAAAACUGCAAAAAACAGGUACAUCGUCUGGACAUCAUCACGCAAAGUGCCUGCGAAUCCCCGGAUGGUGAUCUGGCACUCAGAGAAAUCGGACUGAGUGGCGGAGCGGACGCUAUGUUCCGAGACUCGUGGAUAUGGAGUUGCGUUGGAGUCCUUAUAGCUACAGUAAUUCUAGCGUUUCUAUUGAUAAGACAUUCGCCGGCCAAGAGCUCUCUCAAGAGCAUGCCUAACAAGCCCUAGAUGACAUCGGUGCUGCUAAAAAGUUAAAAAGUGGUAGAAUACGUGCAUGCCCAAGGAUAGACUUAUAAUGUGUUCACAUAUUGUUAUUUGUAGUUUUUCAUUAGAUGGUGUCUAAUUUGAGCUUUACAUAAGCGUACAGGACAUUAUUUCUAAAAAGAAAAUGAAUCUUUUCUCAGCCCAUUUUUAACGUGCAAUAACAAUAGUUCGAUCGAUCUAUUCCACCUUGUGCAAUUUAUAUAUAGAUAUAGCAUACAAUAUGUAUUUGCAUUAUUCUUACAAUACUUUCUGCAUCAAAGACAUAUUGCGGUGCCAUCUUAUAGUUAUUUUUGACAGCAAUAUUUUUCUUUGAUGAAGCAGACUCGUGCGUUAAUAAUGAAAAACGCGCACCAACGAGAGGUAUCUCUUUCAAUUGAGUACAAAGGGAUCUUUGUACGUCCCUGCCGAUGUCUAUAUAAAGUAAAACUGAAUUAGUGGUAAUUUUAAAAGAUUUUAUAAAAAUCGAAAUCUGCAAAGAAAUGCGUUAGUUUCGUAAAAAUACCAUUAAUGGAAAUUUUCACAAUGUUACGUGAAACAUUAACGAAGCUUAUUAUGCUUUGAAUCGCGCGGUAUUAUAUUUCACGAGAGUCGAGCGAAGGGUGGCAUUUCAAAAAGCGUAUACGUUGCAUGCAUCAAGAGCUCCGAAAGCCCGGUGUCAUUAAUUAAAUUCGCAAAAUUCAUCCGUUAUAUCAAUGAUUUAUCAAAUAUAAUGAAUCUUUCGACAGCUGAAAAUAUAUAUGGGAUUAUGUAUUACUUAAAAUAUUCCGAACGUCCCGAAUUCCACAAGCAAUGGCAUAACAGUAUUUGCAUUUCAGACUGCUUAAAUACUAAGGUUUAACAUACAUUUUAAACGCAAGGAAUUAUUUCGAAAUUCAAGAAUUAAAUAUUUUUUCGAUGCAUAGUUCAGAGGCACGUGCCUUCGCAGCUCUAUAAAAAUGUCAUGCGUAGUUUUAUCAUGCCAUUCCUCGAUCAUGUUUUACACAGAUGGAAUAUUAAUUCAAAACUACAUUAGUAUGGCAAAAGCGUAACUUUGUAAUAUUUGCACACGAGUAAUAAUCGCGCCACUGAAUAAUGCAUAUAUUCAAUGGUUUAAAAUGAAUCAUUUGUCGCCGUAAUUUUCUCGAUCAAUAUAUUAUACGUCGCAGCCAAUUUUUUGGUGUAAGUGCAGUGCUUUGUUGUUCGAGUGAUCGUAGUGGCACGUACGCAAUUUGCGAAUCACACGCGAACAGAUAUAAUUAACGCGUGUGACAUCGCGAACGAUGCGUUCUACAAUAUUCUGUUUGUGUAAUAUGUUUUGAAACUAGUAUAUCUAAACGUUUUGCAAUCCAACUAUAGAUCUUUAUUUAAUAAUGUGUACAUUAAUCAUAUGUCAAUUUUAAGUAUAGAGAUAUAUGCAAAUCUUUACAAAAGAAAAACGCAAUAAACGUACUUCGCUAUAAGUCUUCAUAUGUACGAUGAAAAUUGUAAAAAUAAGAUAUUGAAAAAAUAU